AUGGACGUGGAAGCUUUUGAGGCAUGGAUGGAGAAGUUUGGCAUCUGCCAAGAAGGUACCAUGGUGACCCAUUCCAGCGGCAACGGCGUGUCCGUCAUCAGCUCUUCUUCUAUCGCUCACCCAUCGCGAGGCGCGUACUAUCCUUCUCACUACACCACCGGCUGUCUCUCUGAAACUACAAAACAGUUGCAACAAUUCCCAAGGCUGCCAUUCUGUCGGUCCGCACAUGCUCGCUCACCUCGCGCAUCGCGCGGGUCCCCUACGGCCACGGCGCAACAUUGGCCCUCUCUUUCGCACUUUAUGGCAAAUACUCUACCAGACCUGUUUAAAUCCAGUCUAGAUGCGAUUGGACAAGGGCGCAGCGCAGAGGAGCUAGGGCCUGAGCUUGAAGGGAGCGCGCGAUCAUCGAAACGUGCACAGCGCUAUGGCAAGGCAUCCACGCGGAAGUGCUUCUCGGUCGACUCUGAAGGUUCGACUCUGCCACCGGUGCGGACGCAAAUCUAUCAUGACUGCCGAGCUACGCUCAAGCAACCCGCCUUUCUGAGAGUACACCCCUCGCCCUGCCUACUGUCGGACACCAUAGACGCCUUCGAAUCCAAGUAUGUCCCCGAUUUCCCCAAGUUCUCAGUCCCUCCCCCCGCACGGUUCCCGUCCAACACCCACACGAUGUCCACCAGCUGCAUCACCCCGUACCGUGCGCCCGCUUCUGCUCCUGAACGCGACCUGCUCGAUGUUGCCGCGGCGCUCGACGCGGCGGACCUCGCGUUCCUGCUUGAGUACUGCGUCCGGCGGCGGGUGGAGGUGGACCCGGCGUGGGUGCCGGACGUGACGCCGGAGCUGGCGGAGCACACGGUUGGGAAGGGUUGGAUCGAGCAGGAGCCGUGGUUGGAAGCCACGGCCGCCGCGGGGUUUGUGCUGAGCCUACCACACUCAUGCCCUGUGUGCGGUGACGUCACGGAGCACAUGGCACAUCGCGUGACAACGGACAAGCGCCCUGCGCACUGGUCAACCGGUCAUUCCUCCGCCCCUCAGGACUAUGGAUAUCUUCAAGGGCGUCGCCCCUCCGUGCCGCCUUAUGUCAGGCAAGCGUGGUCGAAAGGAGGAGGCUCCCUGACUACGCAAGACUCAGCGGCCUCCACGACACAUUUGUUUGUGGAUGCCGACCGGGAUCCGUGGGUGCCUCAAUUGCGCUCUCGUUCCGUUGUGGUGCGAUCUGCCCUCAUUUUUGUGUUUCUCCGUGUGUGA